CAGCCUACUAAGUAAGCAAGUUGAUAUACUGCGCUGUGGCGUCGCCGCAGCCACUUGUGGAGCUGCAAGUGUCCCGACAUGGCCACGGUGACAGAGAGCGUGGGGUUGCAGUUCCCAGAAUGGGGCGUGUCAGCGGUAUGCCUGCAUCCUGAUAACAGCGUGCAAGUAUUUUUUGACUUCAAGGAGCGGUAUAACGUUGAGGAUUAUGAGCCUCCGAAGAAACCAUUUAGCAUGGCGCUGGUCGGCCUGGACUCCGCGGCUCCCUCCAAAGGCCCUCCGGUCCCGCUAGCCCUACCGUCGCUGACGCCACGUACGUACGACCCGCCCUACCCCCACCAAGUCGUACACGACCCCUGCACCGACCUUACCUACCUGCUGGGCCCGGAGCUGGGGCUGCUCUCGCUCAGCCGUGCAGGCGCCGUGGUGCAGGUGCUGGCGCCCUCGGUCCUGCUGGGCAUGGGCGUGCGGACCGCAAACGGCAUGGUGCCUGACGGCAAGGGCUGCCUCUACAUUGCCGGCGACUGGUGGACUGGGAAGACAGACGCCGCCGUUGACAGCACCUUUCCGCCCGGGCGAGCAGCGCUGGUGCGCGUCUUCCUGCCUGGCGUGUGCGGGCGCGAGGUCGCCUCUGCGGCGCUGCAGGCGCUGCUGCCGCCAGAGGCUGGCAUCACUGCAGGCCUGGCGCUGCACUACCCCUCUGGUACGCUGUACCUUGCGGCGGAUGCGGGCGUGUAUGAGUGGGUGGAGGACGCGCCGGGCGGGCCCGGAUUCCGCCUGCUGGUGCGGGGCGAGGGCCGCAUUGACGGCUGGCAUGAGGAGGACAUAAAUGGGGCAAUGGGGCUGGACGGAGAGUGGGAUGGGGUGCGCGUGGCGGAAGAGGAGGAGGAGGCAGGGCCGGGCGGCGGCGUCCAGGCCGGACCGGGGGACGCGGCGGGCGCGGGCGCGAACGCGGCGGCAGCAGCAGCUGGUGUGGCUGCAGCACCCACACCAGCCGCGGCCGCACGAGCUGCGGCCGCUGCAAGGGCAGCAGCAAGGGCCGCAGCUCGCGCUGCACGGCCCCCGCUGCGCUCCAUCCGGGCAAUUGCGGUGGAGGAGAGCGGCGAUCUCCUGGUGGUGCAUACCAUAUUGCCGGUGCCAGACAUUGAAAUGGCCGAUGACGUGUAUGACGACGGCACCCGGCUUGACAGGGGCUGGCUGGCCCGCGUGCGGCGCCUGCCGCCGCAAGGCGGCGGCCACUCCGGCAGCAGCAGCGGCAGCAGCAACCGCGUCAGUGUGACCACACUAAUACGCCUGAAGAGCUGGGCGGAGCUGCAGCAGCAGCCUCGGGGCUGGAGCCCACAGUUGCGCAUCCUGCCGCACGGCUGGCUCGCCAUCACUGAGCCGCAGGCCGACUGCCGAGAGGUGCGGCUGCUCAGGCUGAGCUGCGGCCUGCGGCCCUGCCGGCCGCUCACGCCGGACUCGCUCACGUCGCCGGCGGCAGCGGCGGCCCGGCGAGCGACGCUCGCCGCCGACCUGGGCGCGCUGCUGCCGCCGGGCUGCGGCGGGGAGGCCGCGGCGGCCGCCGCGGCGGCCGCUGCCGCUGCCGCUGCCGCUGCCGCUGCCGCUGCCGCUGCCGCUGCCGCUGCCGCUACCGCCGCGAGCGCCAGCGGCAAUGUGUGGAGCCCGCAGCCGGAUGUGGUGGUGCGGGUGGGCGGUCAGGACUUCCCUCUGCACCGGGCGGUGUUGGCGGCGCGCAGCUCCUUCUUCGCCGACCUGUUCGGCGCGGUGGGCAGCGCGGCGUCCGGCGGCGUGGUGCCGCUGCCGGAGCCCUACACCGCGCCCGUGUUCCGGCACGUGGUAGCCUACAUGUACACGGGCGCCGCGGAGGACUGGGACGCCCACACCAGCAUGGCCGUGGCGGACCUGGCGCACCUGCUCGACCUGCCGGAGCUGCGGGCGGCGGCGCAGCGGCACCUGCUGGAGGUGGUGCGGCCCGCCACAUUCGCCGCCGCGCUGCGCUGGGCUUUCGGCUGGCCGCUGGCGGUGGCCCGCGACGCCGGCGCAGCCGGCGCAGCCGGCACGGGUGCAGCCGGCACGGGCGCAGCCGGCACGGGCGCAGCCGGCACGGGCGCAGCCGGCACGGGCGCAGCCGGCACGGGUGCAGCUGGCGCGCGUGCAGCUGGCGCGCGUGCAGCCGGCACGGGCGCAGCCGGUGCAACCGGUGCACCUGGCGCGGGCGGCGCUGCCGCCAGCAGCGAUGGCGUCUUUGUCCUGGCGGACGAGUUGUGCAGGUGGUACGCGGCGCACCAGCAGGAGGUGCUGGCGCAGGCGCCGCAGAGCCUGGCGGAGUUGAUGCAGGGAGACGGCGGGCAGAUGGCGAUGCAGCUGCUGCAGGCGGUGGCGCUCAUGUCAGCGGGGGCGGCGGCGGCGGCGGGAAGGCUGGCAGGCAACCGGCGUCGCAGGUCGGAGGGUUGAGGGGCGGGUUGGUGAAUGCCGCGUCGGAAGGGCUUGGGGGGCGAUGCGAUGAGCAGAGCUGCCGUGAGGCAUGCAAGGGACUUUGUGUGUACGGUAGCCACGUGUAAGGACAGAUGGAUGAUGAUGCACAGUCUGACCGCUUGCCAGGGGACUAGAGCCCACGAUUGGACCUUGACUGCUGUGUGCAUACUGUGUAUGAGUGCGAUGGCUUUCUGUUGUCUGAUUGGCAGGUGAGUGCUGCAUUAUUUGGGGGGCUGGUACGUGGCAGGCACACGGAUUACUGGGGAGAGAGCCAUGCGGUGGGACAGCGUGUAUGCAGCAGACUUUGCAGGGUUGGUAGGGUAGGUACGGUCGUCAGGUGCUUGUUGGCAUGGUGAUUGCGUGAGGCGGCAGGCCUGGAAGUGGUCACGAGCGGGUGCCCAUGCGGUGGCGAGCGAGGUAGAGGUCGGUCCACUGCAUAGCAGCCGGUGCCGUGAGGUGUCCUUCCGACUCGGCCUGAGGAUGGCCAGUCGUCUGGAUGGGGGCUACCGAGAUGUUUGAUUAAUAAAUCAAUGUACACGACUUGUUGGGAAAGACUCUUCCAAUGUAAAGCCCUCCAGCC